ACACUUGCUCCUGGGCCCUUCCCCGUCCUGUCUUCGUCUCCCGGAGAGAAAGCCAGGUGGAGAACUGGCAAGCUUUUCUUUCAGAAAAACAACCCCGGUUCGUUGGCAGUGGCGGAGAGCGACCUCCGGAGUGUGACCAACUUUGCUUUUUGCCUGGGUCUUUACUUAACUGUCCUGGGGAUGUAGAUCGUAUCUGAGAAAUCAAGAUCUAUUCCUAUAUGUUUGAUCUGAUAACGUGUUUCCUUGGACCAACUAGAAAGUAAACCAGAGGAGAAAUGCCCCCAGGCCUAGGGAUAUUUGUUUUGCUGAUGAUUGCUAAUCGUGCAAAGACUGAAAAUCACCAGAACAUAAGUCAGGAUCUGCCUCCACAACUGCAAAAGACUGUGGAAGACAUCGUUGCCGGAAAGUAUCUCAAUGCUUUCCUGGACGUACUUCAUUUCCAAAGCAUUAAUAUCUGGACUACCGAUAUGCUUAACAAAAUCAUGGCCUAUUUCCACGCUCAGAAUAUUGUAAUUACUUACAGCAGCUUACAGGUGUCCAUAAGGAAUUAUUUGGAGAGUCUCUUGUACCGCCCCAAAGCGCUGCUAUCGGAGUUCCGCCAGAUGGAUCGUCAGCAUUUUCAAACAGCGAUGAAAUAUCUCUUUGAAAGCGAGCAGGUCUAUUUGGAACUGGGAAAUAUCGUCCUCGAUCUAGCUGGGAUAAGAGAGAAGAUUUUCUGGAGUCCUGGAGGAAACAGGACUUUGUUCCUUAUUACUUUGGAGAGGUGCUUCCUGACCUUGAACUCUGUGGAAUGCGUGGAUAUACUGAGCCAGCUCUUGCAGGCCUCUUCCAUGACUUACCUUCAGCUCCGAACCAUAGCGAAACUUCCUCAGGAUCUUCAAGGAGACGCGUUUCGGAACCUGUCAAUGGUAUUCAAGGAUCUCUACGACAGAAUGACAGCCAAUGCCCGACGAGCUCUUUAUGAAUGGAUGACACAGAUCUUGCAAAAAUCUUAUAACGCCAGCGAAUCAGAGAAUUCUACCUCGUGGGUCAGUGCGGAAAACCUGUGGAUUUUGGGAAGGUACAUGGUUCACCUCCCGCUAGAAGAAAUCAGGAAUAUUAACUCUAAUGAAAUGAGGCUGUUCAUCAGUUACGACAACGCGACCAAGCAACUAGAUACCGUGUAUGACAUCACACCGAGCCUCGCGCAAGCCUUCUUGGAAAGAAUCAACGCCUCAGGAUUUGACAUGAGAAACAUGUCGACUCUCCAUAGGUUGGGUUUGCUCGUUUGUUUUUACGAUGACCUAGAGCAGAUGGAUGCUGUCGUGGCCCGGGUUCUACUUCAUCAGAUGAUUAAAUGUAGCCAGCUACGAGGCUUCCAAGCAGGAAUCCACAAGCUCAAAUCUCGACUUCUCGAUAUCGCCACACAAAACCAGACCUUGAACAACACCCUCGGGUCGCUCUCGGAUGCCGUUGUGGGGCUGACUGCCAGCCAACUGGACUCUCUCUCGCCCGAGGCUGUGCACAACGCGAUUUCAACGUUAAACCAGGUCUCUGGAUGGGCCAGGAGCCAACUGGUGAUUUUAGCCAGCAAAUACCUGGCAUAUGAAAAGGCGUUCUCGUUUCAUAACAUCAGUCAAAUGGGUGCACUGGUGACGGGGAUCUCUGCUGAGUCUUUCCACAGCAUGAGCCCCAAAGAGCUCUCCCAAGUGGUCAGAGGCACACUGGCCCAACAUGCGUCCGAUCUGUCACCAGCACAGCAGCAGGGGAUCCUCCGGAAGAUGGUUGCAUCCGCAGACCUGGUGUCAGUCAUCGCCGACAUCCAGGGACCCUUUUUCGCAGAAGUAUCUCUUUUCGAUUUGUAUAAGGAAGGCUUCAACUCUUCAGUGGUGAAAGACAAAGAAUUAAGGCCCAGUCAGGCAUUGUUUCUGUAUGAAUUAUUGUCAAGGAAGACUCCUCCUUUUGAUCUAUUAAGCAUUGUCCAGUUGGUGAAAGGAGUUACGUGUCGUCACAUCGAAAGCAUGAGCACCAUCUCCUUCCUAAACGUUUUCAAAGUUUUUGAAAAGAAUCUUCACUUACUUUCACCGUACCAGAUCAGUUGUUUGGCCUGGAAAUUCUGGCUCCUCUCCAAUGUGUCCAUUCCGCCUUACCUCUUAUCCGUGCUCCCUUCUGAACACCUGGAAUCUGUUAGGGGAUCUCUCUGCAUCCCUUUUGUCACCAGCCUCGGGAAAGUUGAACUGGAUCGUCUUAUUUUAAAUGAGCACAAAAAGAAAACGGUUCUCCAGAGAGUGCAGGAGUGCCUGAAUGGUUCUCUGGUCGAUGAAUAUGACAUUGACUUGUUGGGAAAUCUCAUCUGCCAUUUGCCAGCUGCUUUAAUUUGCGAUGGGAUCUCGCUGGAAACCCUGGUGACCGCCCUUCACCAGUUCCGGCUGUGUCGGCAACUUAGCCAUGAGCAGAAGCUAGAAAUCAAGCACAGGCUGAUCGAGAUAUAUGGCUCGCCCAGAAACUGGACUGCUGAAACGACGCAGGACAGCGGACCUUUCAUAGGCCUUUUGCCCAAAGCUGAAUUGAGUGUCCUCGUUGAAAAGUUUCCAGAUACCAUCCUAAAAAUAGCAUCCAAGACGACUGGGCCAAUUCCUCCUACUGAGGACCUCCUGUUGGCUCAAUUUGAAUCUGUUCGCAACUCAAUCAGAGCACCCGAUGAAUCUACCGAUUGCACAGAAGUCUCAGAGCCUACACUAGAUGAGAUUAUCAAGUUGUCGGAAGCCAACGUGUUUUGGUCCGUUCCGGAACUGGGCUGCAUGAAUCCUGAGACUUUUGCCAAGACUGUGGAACUCCUGGGCUCAGUCGGGGGUUUCCGUGCUCCUCAGCUGACUGCGCUAAAAGAGAAGGCCAAGCAGGCGUGGGGGCCGUUGCCCGACUGGAAGAGUUACCACGUCGUUUCCCUCGGGCGAAUCGCCACGGUGCUAAAUGAGACUGAGAUCGGAGAGCUGGAUUUGAGUUCCGUCGAUACGGUUGCUGCGCUUAGUCAGCAAAUGGAAUGGGACCCUCUGCAGGCAAGAUCCAUUUUACAGGGGUUUCUAGAAGACUCGGGGCAAACUGUGGACACUCUGAGAAGCUUUGAGUUGGCUGGAUUAGGUGCCAUUCUUUGUAGUCUGAACUUCACAGAGAUCGCAGCUAUCAACCCUCUGGAAUUCAGCACAGUCGUGGCCAGGAUCGGCUCUUUACUGUGCAGCGUGAGCGUUCUGAAAGAAUUCAAAAAGAAGGCCGAGUCCGUAUUUGGAGCUGUUGCCGGAUGGAACAGAGCCGUCCUACAAGAGAUCGGCACCAUCUCAGCUGGUUUAAACGAGGGAGAAUUAAAAGCUCUGGAUAAAGAAUUGAUGCCCUACUUCCAGCCGGUGGCAAUAAAAUGCCUGCCUGAUGAAAUGUUCAAAAAAUUCUCCCCAGAACAAAUAGCACACCUUGGUCCUGAAAACGCAGCCGUGGUUACCGAGACGCAGCGACAACAGCUCAAUGAUUCGCAGCUCCAGAGUCUGCAUCUGGCUCUAGACGGAGCCCGAACGACCAUCCAAGACGCUCCCCUUGGGGAAAGCACGGCUACACCCACCUACACUCCAGCUUUAAGCGGUUCGCCUUUCUCCUACAGUUUCAGCUUCUGGGCAUGUGCUCUGUUCACCUUCUGUGCUGCUUCCUGAAUGUGCUAACCACUGCACCAGUUUACCUGUCUGCAGUUUACGUGAGGAAAUUUCCUCUGGGAAAAAAACCUAUCGAAUUAUCAAUAUUGAGAAAAUAAAAUGCUGCGUCUCUCCCAAGAGGCACCUAGCCGUGUGUCCCAGACUUCUACAAUGACUUCUUUGUUACCUUGCUACCAGGGCUGCGGAACGUAGCGCAUGAUGGCUGUUGAUGACUGGCGAGACUUUGUAAAAGUCGUGUAAAGAUGAAUGAGAGAUUAUCGAUUGUCAUUUCGAUGAUGAAAUAGUCCGGACGUUCUCACAUUAAAGUUUUUGAAACUUA